AUGGCACAACUCAAAAAUGAACAACUACUGAUUGAAAACUCUCAGCUAAAAACUGCUCUUGGAAAUUUAAGUCAAGAGUUCAAAAUUCUAAAAUUAAAACUAGGAAUGGUUCAAGAGAAUCGAGAACAUUUGGAGACUCAAUUAUCGGAAAUUAAAGCUGAAAAUGAGGAAUUGAAAGAAACUGUUGAGAAUCUGAGUGAACGUUUGACUGCUGAUACUCCAAUCCUAUCUCCGAGAUCAGUUGAUGAUUCCGUUUCUGAGCAAUCGUGUGACAUGGAAUCGACGAGAUCAUCGAAGAAAAUUGGACAAGAGGAGAAUGAAUUCUACACUGAAACUGGACCAGAUUUCGACUCGAGAUGGUACAAAAAUAUUUCAAUUUCGAAAACUCAUCCAGAUUAUGUUGUUUUGAAGAACAACAGCAGAGACAUGCAUCAAUGUCUCGAUGAUUUCUUGUUUUCCCGAAUCGUGGAUGGUGUGGCAACAGUUACAGUAGCUCCGCUUCCAUUGGGUAUCAUUCUUGCUCCUGAAUCUGAAUUCACGGUUCAUGCCGGUACAGUCGGAGCAACGGAAAUACCUGGAAGAAGAUGUGUUCUGCAUAGAUAUAGCACAUUUGGAAGAGGAAAAGUGACUGAAAAUAUCAUUUUGGAUGAGAGAGGAAAAGAAACAGCCAAUCAUGUUCUCUGUGUUUUUCAAGAAUGA